AUGCUCAGGUCCGGCGUCCGCCCCAACAGGGCGGCGGUGGUCGGGGUGCUGGCUGCCUGCGGGGCGCUCGGGGCGCUGGACCAGGGCAGGUGGGUGCACGCCUUGCUGGUUGGCGCCCACGGUGAUGGUCCAGCAGCGAUGGACGGCGUGGUGGCGACGGCGCUGGUGGACAUGUAUGCCAAGUGCGGGAGCCUGGACACGGCGAAACAGGUGUUUGCAGCGGCCCCACGGGGGCAGCGGGACGUGUUCACCUACACGGCCAUGAUCUCGGGGCUCUCGGACCACGGCCGCUGCGGGGAGGCGAUCAGGCUGUUCGGGCAGAUGCAGGCUGAAGGGUGCGCCCCAACGAGGUGA